UCCUUUCGCCUCUCUCUUGGGAUAUGCGUGGUAACCUCCCAAUUUCCUCCGUUGAUUCCUCUGUCUCCCUAUCUAACUCCAGGUUAAAGAAAGUACCGAGCAAACAGAGAGAUUUCAGAGUUUGAAACUCUUCUGAGCCUGGGCGGUCUCAAAUUCUCUCUUCAAGGAAAAAUGAAAACCAACACAAACACAAAACUCAUAUUCCUUCACCAAUCAAUCCACAAAACCCCUCCUUCCACUCACCGUCUUUGGUUGCUCUUCAUAGUCACUUUCUUUACCUUAGCUUUCACUCUUACUCUCUUCACCACCACCACAUUCCCUACAACCACCACAACUUCAACCCUCACCACCUCCACCACCUCUCUCCCACCCUCCAUCACCGCUGCCCUCCUCCACUACGCUUCCACCACCAACAUCACGACACCUCACAUGUCAUCCGCCGAACUCUCUACCAUCGCCAUCACUCUCCAACACUGCUCCCCUCAUUGCAAUUUCCUCAUUUUUGGCCUAACCCACGAGACCCUUUUGUGGAAAUCCCUCAAUUUCCAUGGUCGUACAGUCUUUCUUGAUGAAAGUGAGUACCUUGUUUCAAACUUCGAAAAAAACCACCCCGAUAUUGAAGCUUAUGAUAUACAAUUCACCACCAAAGUUAGUCAAAUGAGUGAUCUUUUAUUAGUUACGAAAGGGAAAGUCAAUGGUGAGUGCAGGCCUGUACAGAAUUUACUCUUCUCUGAUUGUAAGCUUGGCAUAAAUGACAUGCCUAAUCACAUUUAUGAAAUCACUUGGGAUGUGAUUUUAAUUGAUGGGCCUCGUGGGUAUUUCGCGGCGGCCCCAGGGAGGAUGUCACCGAUAUUUACUGCGUCUGUUCUGGCAAGGAGUAGCAGAGGAGGCAACAAGAGGACACAUGUUUUUGUGCAUGAAUUUAAUAGAGAAGUUGAGAGGGUUUACAGUGAAGAGUUUUUGUGCAAAGAGAGUUUGGUAGAGACUGUUGAUUCAUUGGGGCAUUUUGUGCUGCAGAGAAUGGAAGCUAAUAGCUUUGAGUUCUGUAAAAAUUCGACAUCUUUGUUGUCAUCAUCACCAUCUUCAACAGCAAAGACAACAUCUUUAUCAUCCGGGGAUGAUGAUUUUGAUGACUGAGAUCAUGGGUUUGUGUGAUUACUUGUAUCAUUGCAUAUUUUUCUUUUCUUUUCUCUUUUAGUUUUCCUUUUUCUAAUAUAGAUGUAAUUUUUAUAGGACUACUAAAACUGUCAAAAAUCUCCUCAAAAUUAAUCAUGAAAAAUCAAGUGCCCGUUGUUCCAAA